AAGCUGGGAUGAGAAAAUGAGUGUCGUGUUUGUAAAUAAUCAAUGCACCGUGCGUGCGUGCCAUGUAAACAUUUGCCACCCACUCUCGUAUCACGCACGGUCGUUCACUUCGGUAAUCAGUGAUGUAUCAAACAAACCUUAAUCCGAUAUCCACCCUGAACAAUACGAAAUUGUUCCCGACUAUAUCGCAACCGAAAAUACUUGGAUGUUUCAGUGUCGGCUCCAAAAGAGAAUACAUUCCCUCCGGGGAGAAUCUAAAAUAUCUUAAUUUACCCUUGAUCCGUAAAGGAAAGGUUUCCGGCAAUAACUCGCCAUUACGUAUUGAUCUAAAUGAAGGCUUUGAAAUACGAGUGCCCAAACCGGACAGUGCCAAACAGGAGCACCUCGAUCACCUACUGAAAUUUAUUUUAGGGAAUGUGGAUAGAUUGAGUGCGGAUGAAGAUGGCAGGAGAGAAUCAAAGGCGCUAAACUGUGAUUUCGUUUGUUUUCGGGGCUUACUGCGGAUGGUUAUGUGUACUCCGUAUGAACGAAAAACAAAUUGGAUCAUUUUAGCCACAAGGUACAGAGGAACGAUCUAUCUUUGUGCAAAGGAUACCCCGGAAAAGUUACAAGAGGAGGCCCAGCAAACAGAAAAGCAGAAACGGUUCUGCUACUAUGGGUUCAAGUUUGAGCAGCAUGUGUUGACGGAUGACUUUGAAAACCAACCGCCGGAAACGAGCGUGCCAGUUCAUGAAGGGGAAGAAUUCUGUGCCCUGUUCGGCGCCACUCUUGAAGGCAAACGGCUUCUCUAUGGAGCGGAAAUGGAUGGCAUUCUUCCCGCCGGUGGCAACCGACCAGUAAUCGACAAACAUCACCCAUCGCUCGAAGAACUGAAUCGGCUGGAAUUUGUCGAGGUGAAGGCCAAAAGACGCGAAACCAAUCAACGACAGGUUGACAAUUUCUACCGAUUCAAAACGCGCAACUGGUGGUGCCAGAGCUUUCUGGUGAACGUCAGCAAGAUUUUCGUGGGUCUAAGGGAUGAUCGCGGAAUUGUGAACCAAAUCCGGGAGAUGAGCCUGAAGGAACUAGACCGCGAUUCGCGCAACUACUGGUCGGCAUCGGUGUGCGUAAACUUUGGUUCGCAAUUUUUGUCGCAGGUUGCCGACGCUAUGCGGGGAGUGGACUGUCAGAACACGGUUUAUAGAUUCGAGUACGAUUCGAACAAGUUUAGAAAUAUAUUCUACAGCGUCUAUGAAGGAAAGAACAAUGACUCGUUCCUUCCCGAUUGGUACUGUUCUGUAGUUAAAUGAUA